CUAGAGGAGUCAAACGACUCCAUAUUUGGCCUACAGUACCCUGAGUACGUUGAGCUCGUACAGAGCUAUGACCGUCGCGCCAGACGACCCCAGAACCAGCACCUGAACCAGUACCCGAAGCCAGCCCGCCCAGAACCGAUGGACGUCGAUCCUGCCCGCGUCCACCUAGCCAGACCUAGUUCUGCCUUAUCUACCAGCUCAUCUACCAGCCGCCGCGCACACCGCCUUGAGAAUGACCUCUGUCUCUGCUGUGGAGCAGAUGAUCAUUGGAUUAGUGACUGCCCUGUCUCCCGACGCACCCCGUCUACACCAGAACCUGCCCGUAUAAAGUCAACAGCCCGGAGUACUAUUCUCUCUGCUCACCUCAGGAAGGGAGGGGAUAUGUAA